AUGAAGGCAGCAUCGAGGAGGCAGCAGAUUGAAUCAAUCCUGGCUCUUCCACCACUCCAGGUCAACAUACCAUCAUUGUUGGAUCUUGCACAGAAACACAUGUCACCGGAGGAAGCUAGAAGGUUGCAGGCACUGGUCAAAGAGGAGGAAGAAAGAGAGCAGGAAGAAGCCAUUGAGAAAGCACAGGAGAGGCUGGAAGACGCAACCAGAGCAGUCAAAAAGGCAGCCGAUCCGAAGAAGAAGACCACGAAACGCAAGAAUCCGACAAAAGGAAAGACAGCAACCAAGAAGAAGAGAGCAGCAACCAAGAAAGCUCCUCCAAAGAGCAAGUAG